UCGUCCGGUGGAAACAGAUGCUUGGGUGUCGAAUAAACAGUUCCAGUGUACAGGCACAGUAACCCGGAGAAAUUUGCCAAUUUUUGCCAUUUUUACACGAUUUAUAAUCGUUGCAGUGUUGCACUUUUACUUAUAAGUUAAAACUAUAUCUACUAUAACAUCGGAAUAAAAAGAAAUUAGAGAAAAUAGUGUAAGCUCACGUAGUUAGCUUUGUACGUUUUAUUAUUAAAAAAAACAUGGCGGCGUCCUUGAGCAGCACAGGGAGCGUGAGGCUGCUGAGUGCCUUAGCCAGGUCCGGCUCGUCACGCAGCAACUCUGGAAGCAGAGCGCUACACGUCACUGCGGCGUGCUGCAAGAAUCGAGCAGCUCGUGUCCGAGUGGGGAAAGGAGACAGACCUUUGACCUAUGAGCAAGCACUUCCGCCUCAUUACAUUGGCCACCGCAAAGGCUGGCUGUCGCAGCAUACCAGUAACCUCAGAGGAGAAGAGGGAGCAGCUGAACGCACCACAGAGGACGUGUUCGUGAGGCGUUUCAUGUUCGGGACCUUCCACAACUGCCUGGCCAAUGAGAUCGUGAUCAAAAGGCGCGGCAACGUGCUCGUAGUGUGUGCUUUAAUGCUACAGAAAUUACCACCACAGAAGUUUUACUUUUUAAUAGGCUAUUCAGAGUCACUACUGUCGCACUUCUACAAAUGCCCCGUCAAGUUAGAGAUUCAGACCCUGCAGGAUAAAGCUGUGUACAAGUACCUGUGAUGGAACCGUGCAGUGCUAAUGCUAAAUGUUUCUCCUGUACAAAAUGGUGACUUUGUUCCCGUCUCCAUUCCUGCUCACAGUGAUUUCCCCAAAAUGGAUUCAAAGGUUUUCAGCGUCAGUGCUUUUGUGAAACGAACUCUCAGAAUUAAAGAAAAUACAAUCACA